CAGCGCCAGCAUCUUGACAGACCCUCAUGCAACUUCACGCCUUCCCAGCCUAGAGUGAAUCAUUGGAGACGAUCGAUGAAGAUGAAGCGCUGAGGGGGGUUGAAGUAAAAGCCAUAAAGUUUGGACUUGGCGAGGAAUGAAAAUAUGUAAUCUUCAUGGUUAGGAGUCCAGCCAAGGCCUUAUCAUGCCUUAUCACAGGGUGAUAUCUACGCAGAUAGACGUUCAACUGUCAGGCCUUCAGGGGUACUCAUUCUCUCCCGAAGAUCUGAUUGUGGAGGAUGAUGUGGGUGCGGAACUGGUACAAAGUUGCAAUGGGCAGAGUGACCAGACUGUCCAAAUUGCUCUUUCCCCUCACAGUGUUCGGGCGUUCCUUCGUCUUGAUCUCGCUUUUGCUGCUAGUCAAUGGAGUGUGCUGGGGUGUAGCGGCACAGUGGCAUUCAUUGCUCGGUCUUUCCGUGUUAGCAUGGACGAUUGGACUCAGACACGCGUUGGAUGCUGAUCACAUUAGUGCCAUUGACAAUGCUACUCGUACGCUUAUCAGCCACGGGCAGCUUCCAGUAACAUGUGGUUUCUUUUUCUCCCUCGGGCACAGUACCAUUGUGAUUGCGGCAAACCUGGCCAUAGUCGUUAGCAUCAGCGCGUACAAUAAGUUAAAUGCCUUUAAUAAUCUCGCUUCAGUCAUCGGCACUGCCAUAAGCGCCUCAUUCUUAUUCAUCGUGGGCCUUGGGAACUCCAUUAUACUAUGGAGAAUAAUACGUCAGCGCCGAGUCAAGCACACGGAUGGGAAAGAUGCAGCGACGGGUGCGGACUCACAAACUCAGAAUACCUUAAUGAUGCGGGUACUCGGGCCCCUUGUUAACUUCGUCAAUCGUCCUUGGAAAAUGUACCCCGUUGGAGUUUUGUUUGGAUUAGGAUUCGACACGGCAUCUUCGAUCGCUUUGCUCGCCCUGUCGGCCCUUGCGCAACAGAAUGGCGGAGAUAAUAGAAUACGACCAUCCCAGGUCUUGGUGUUACCUCUGCUAUUCACGGGCGGCAUGACAUUGGUAGAUUCCUUGAACUCGGUCAUGAUGCUUUACUCGUACUCUGGUUUCGCGGAACAUUCGUGGAAGAUCUUCGAGCGCACUAUACCGGCAAAUGCAGUGGAUGACGGUGGUGUGUCCAGCGGACCCGAUGUAGACAUGAAUGGCAUGCUUGGCCAAACGCAGCCAGAGCGGACCACCCAUUUGGCCCAACAGCAGGGGACUCCUGCCAAUCCAAUUGCAGGGGUGUUUGGGGGCGCCGAAGAUGACGGCAACAAUGUCGCAAGAAAAGAUGAUCGUGUUACUCGCGCCAAGCGACAUACCAUGUCAAACCUCAGUGUUUUGUUAACGAGCAUGAGCAUUCUUCUCGCAUUCAGCAUUGCCCUCAUUGAGGUCAUGGGCUUAAUUGGCCAGGAGUGUGCAAGGUGUCGACAGGCCGCAUCGGCUGCGGAUGGGGGAGGACUGGCCGGGAAGUGGUGGCGGGCAUGGCAACGAGCGAAUGACAACUCUGGGUAUAUAGGCGCGGCAGUGGCGGGGGCUUUCCUCCUUAUCGUGAUUGGCUGGUUUGGAGUCAGACGAAUAAUCAAAGCCCGACGGAUAUUUUCGGGAGCGAGCGAGGGGUGCGCAAGGAGAAGAGCAUGUGAGGGCAAUACGGAUACCCGAGUCUAAACAGAAGGUUAGCGGGUGAAACUCAUGUACAACAGAAUAUCGCGCGUUGUCCGACUUUUGGGCCUUCCCAUAGUAGAAAGGCGUUAGGUCGCAAGAUCGCGAGUGGAACUUGUGUCCAUGUCUUGGCUGGACAAUACUGGUCUCAAACCUGAUCAACGUCAAAUGGAAAUGGCCACUCACUACUUUAGGCUUUUGAAGGGCUCCGUCACGUCAUGGCAAGACAGGGGAUGAGUUCUGGAGGGAAACACUUACGUGCUCCUAGCAACCUGGAUACAUAUUGUAUGAUCCCCUUGCCAAUCGUGUGUGCGUUGCGCCAAACGUCCAUGAAGCUG